CCUUCCCAACCGAAGACGCUUUUUAGCCGAACUGGGGGGUGGGGGGGUUUAUAUAUAAAGCGAACUAUUAUUCCUCUUCGAAUUCUGUAUGGAUCUUUUCAAUUCUAUGAGCUAUGUCUGAAAAAGAUCCGCCACCAUCUUAUAGUAUUGCUUCUGAAGCACUGCAGCAACCCCAUAACUCAAAAUGUGAGAACCUUAACCCCAGACUGAGGCGCAAUCGAAGUCACUCUUGGAAAUUCAAAAUUAGAGGUAAUUCUAUAACAGAUGGUAUGAAAGUAUUUGUUUCGGAUGACUCAGUUAAUAAAUAUAAAGAUUUUAAGGGAAGCCGUCGAAGUCCUCAAUGUAAAGAAUUACAAAAUUUAGGUAUUGGUGUACCGUUGCUAAAGGUUAAAUGUCAUUCAUUUUCAUUUCAUAAAUUUUUAACCAUUUACAAAUAUUAUAUUAACGAUAAAACAUUUGCCAAAAAGGGAUUUGAUCCUGAUAAGGAUUAUUAUGAAUUUUGUAAAAUAUCCAAAGAAAAAAAUACAUAUGUAUUAUUAUUUACACCAGAUCGUAAUAAUCCACAAGUAACAUUUAAAAUUGAAAUGUAUACUAGCCCUACCAUAACCACAAUUGAAUAUGAAUUUAAUGGCAAACAAUACCGAUGGAUUAAGGAUAGCUCUGGUAAUCCUUUCAAUCAGUACAGCUAUUCACACUUUUUAAUAGGGGAGAAAAAAUUAGCAACACUUGAGGAAGAAAUUAACUUAAUUAUGGGGAAGUCAAAGGAAAGGGCUCAACUCACUGUAGAAGAUAUUUACGAUCAUGAUGAUCUUUUAGAACCAUUGAACUAUGAAAGUAUCUUUUCAGUGAAUAUUGAUGCUUUAACUACAAUUUGUAUGUCAUUAAUCUUCAAACGGGAAGAAGAUGUAAAAGAAAGACUUCGUCAUAUGACUGAACAACAAAAUAUUACUAGUAUGAAUAGGUUUUGGUUAUCAGUUUAGGCUAAAUGUGAAAGAAUUCUAAGAAUUUCACAGCCUUGUCCCUAGUGCAUUUACUUUUUUACUUGUAUUAUUUAUUAUCAUAAUUUAU